UCAUAUUCUUUUUUACAUUGUUAAACUAUUACCAAGGUGACUCCUUGCUUUGACCAACCUCUCCUAUUUGAUUUCCUUUUUUCCCUCGAUCAGAAUCUGAAUCAGAAGAAGACGAUGGUCUUAGAGGUCAUGGAGCUGUUGAAGGAGCACCUUCCCCUGACUCAAGAGCCUUUCGUUUUGUCAGGUGACCUCAACAUCGGCCUCGUCCUCGUCGAUGUCGUUAAUGGCUUCUGCACCGUCGGCGCUGGAAAUUUGGCUCCGAAACAGCAUAACGAGCAAAUUUCUCAAAUGGUGGAGGAAUCGGCAAGACUCGCCAGAGUUUUCUGCGAGAAAAAAUGGCCUAUAUUCGCGUUUCGUGAUUCUCAUCAUCCGGACAUUCCGGAGCCUCCCUAUCCUCCUCAUUGCAUCGCUGGAACAGACGAAUCCAAAUUAGUUCCAGCCCUGCAAUGGCUGGAAAACGAGGCGAAUGUGACGCUCAGAUGCAAAGAUUGCAUCGAUGGAUUUUUAGGUUGUUUGGAAAAAGAUGGCUCUAACAUUUUCAUCGAUUGGGUGAAGAAAAAUCAGAUCAAAGGCAUCCUAGUGCUGGGAAUUUGCACGGACAUAUGCGUGCUGGAUUUUGUAUGUUCAACGUUAUCAGCAAGAAAUCGCGGUUUCCUUUCACCACUGGAGGAUGUGAUAGUAUAUUCCGGUGGCUGCGCCACUUAUGAUCUUCCCGUAGCUGUUGCCAAGACUUUGGGAGAUGCCAUUGCUCACCCACAGGAGUUGAUGCACCACGUAGGCCUGUACAUAGCAAGGGGAAGAGGAGCCAAGGUGGUAUCCGAGGUUUCAACUAAAUCAUUUUGAGGAAGCCACUUAGUUUAAUUAAGCUAAGCUCCCCUCUAACAUAAAGACAUCUUGUGUAUGGAAGUCCAUUUAGUUCACUCAGUACAUGUAACCGUAAACCUUCUUGGACAAAUGAAGAUCAUACAAGUUUAGUUCUUAUUUUGAGUGUAUACAGUCUCUCCAACUUCGACUUUAACAAAUAUCUAGUAAAUUAAUUUAACCUUUGUUAA